AUGGCCAUGCUUAACCAACUCAAGACAAAGGAUAUGAUUGCCAAAUACCAACUAGAAAUUGAUAAAAUCUAUCUAUUGUGCAGCAAUGAAGAAGAAUCAAUGGAACACUUGUUUUUUAACUGCUAUUUUGGGCAGGCUUGCUUGAAUCAAGUUCAGGUGUGGCUGAACUGGAACAUGUGCAAAAAGUCGCUGCCAGGAGUUAUAAAAUGGCUCGGAAAUGUCAAAAUCAGCAAGUGUCGAAGAGGUGUAAUGGCUGCUGCACUUGCAGCUUUAGUGUAUACAUUGUGGUGCUCCCGAAAUUCAAUUUUGUGGGAAAAUAAAGUUGUAAAAAGUGAUGUAAUCACAACCCAAGUAAAGAAUAUUACAAAGUGUCAAAUCUCUUGUAUUUGGCCAAAAAAAGUGACCAAUAGAGAGAUAGAAUAUGGUUUGAAACCUUGUAGACAUUAG